UGCAGUGUUUGGGGACCUUUUAUCCAUCAAAUUCGGUAUAAUUCAGUUGAAAUGGACCCUUCAGCCAGUCCUCGUGUUGACUGCCCAGAUGAACCCGAUCGGACGGCCAUCCAAUUUGAGCGCUCUGGUGAACAGGACCAGCCAGAAAGGAAUACAAAUAGUCCCAUUAGAAAGAUAAUAAUCGACUUUGAAGCAAAUGACAUUUCCGGAGUCCUCAAUGGAUCCGAGAAACUCACCUUCAAACAGGAAUCCUAUGUCUCCAUUCCGGUGUCUGCCAUCAAGGGCAGCGGAGGUGAGGUCAUGGUUGAGGGUGAAAGUCGAGCGGCAGGCUCCAUCACUCUGCGCAUUCUGGCGGAGAUCAGUGAAGUCGACGACUCGGAAAUGCCGAAAAUCCAGCAUACCACCUGUCGCCAGAGGGACAUGCAAAAUGACAUUGUGGGAUUCGACCUUGUCGAGGGACGCAUGGUCGCCAAGUGUUGCCAGUCCCUGUUGCCGGUUGCCGGUAAACUGACCACCAAUUCGGCCGGACCUCGAGACGAAAGUGUUACGUCGAAAGAUCCCCGAUCCGAUGGACAACCAAUGGCCAUGACCGGACUAUUUGCUGAUCAACUUGCUCCAGAUCGGCCAGGCUGUGUCCAAGUGGCGGCCAGUCCCGAGGCAGAUGUUCAAAGAGGCCUCAUGUACUCCGGCAGGGCCUGCCUCAUGAAUGUGGGCCAGCGCAUUUGCGAGUUUGACUAUGCCAACUCAUGCGUAAGCCCACAACUUCGAGUUGCCCACGAGGGCCAAAUGCUCAAGUCCUAUCCACGAUUGGAGUCGGAGCUCUCCUUGAGAAUAGGCCAUACCGACCCAACGUCGAGGAUGAAUUACGAAGAGGCAAUGACGAUGGAUACCGACAAGGGUGUGAGCUCUGCUUCGCAUAGCGACACAUUUUACUCAAUUGAAAAUAUAUUAACUCAAGAGAAGAGGACACCAAAUGGCGCUAGGCCGCCUUCACAGCCGAGCUCAAUAAAACCAAAUCCGGACCUUUUGUCGGCACCAAAGAACAACCACUUCACCAUUCCGUUGGUGCGAGCUGACGAGCAGAUGAGCACUUCUCCACUUGAUCAGUUCAAUGGGCCCAACCAGCUUUUAGGGCAGCAGACAAACCUCUUCGGGCUCAGCCCGAGGUUGAAGGAGAACGAAACCAGCAUGCCAGAGGAACCGGAGUGCCCUCAAAUGCAUACGGAGCAAACUCAGUUGUGUCCUACCUUCUCGUUCUGA